CCAUUAUCCAUCACCCGUUAAAACGAAGUGUAUACGUAUUUAUUUUUUACGAUGUUAAACGGUGUCUUGAACUGAGUGUCUUGAGUCUUAGUUCAUCGAUCGACAAAUUGUGUUGUAGACUGUUGAGAAAUCGUUUGUCAGACAAAAUCAGCUAUCCAUGCAUUCUCUACUGUCCCGGGGCAACUCGGUGCUGGCGUACACGCUCAGCGUACUCGUCACUCUCACGUUCGCAUGUUUUCUUUCCACCAUAUUGGUCGAUUACCGGACUGGUACCGAGAUGCAGACGCUCAAAAUCGAAGUAAAAAACUUACCAGAGUAUGGUGUAUCCAAAAAGAUCAAUGACUUGGGUCACAUAACAUUCAAUCUCGAAACAGAUCUCACUAGCCUAUUCAAUUGGAAUGUUAAACAAUUGUUUGUCUACAUGACUGCAGAAUAUGAGACACCUACAAAUGCCUUGAAUCAAGUAGUUUUGUGGGACAAGAUUAUUUUGAGAGGACAGAACUCCAACUUGCGUCUUAAAAAUAUGCGAACAAAAUAUUACUUUUGGGAUGAUGGUAAUGGUUUAAGAGGAAAUAAAAACGUGACUCUAACCCUGUCCUACAACAUCAUACCAAAUGUGGGGCGACUGCCAAUUGUGGGUGCCAUCGGAUCUCAUACAUUUAGUUUUCCCUCACAAUAUACACGAUGAUGACACAACAUUGUUCCUGAUUUGAAUAUAUGAAUAUAAUAUUAUGUUAUAUGUUAA